GAAGCAUUCUCCAAUCUGUGCUCCUGAGCUCUUCGGUCGGAGAAGCAGUUCACUAGCAUUGCUGUUGCGUUUCGCCUCCUCGCGUUGUCGCGACAGGGUUAGGAAACGCUCUCACCGUCCAUAUCGUGUAACUGAGAAAUCCGCUGCGCACAGCCUCCUCGCGAAAGAGACCAAAGUUCGCGCGCGAAAGGCUUUGCUUUUGGUUGCAGAAAUGAGAGGACGGAGCUUUUUUUCCCGAAGACAGUGCUGCCUCUACACUCUUACCACGGUAUCUCUCAAGACCUGGCUCAAUCUGUCGGGUUUGUUGGCCCGCGGAUCGGUGGCUUCCUGGGAUUGUGGCUGCACCUGAAGGUUUGUGACUGGCUGAUUUUCCCGUCGUAAUCCGUCACACACCUCAUUUCGUUCUUUCUCUCCGUGUGUCUGUCAUGGCUGGCGAAGAUUCCGCCAGCUCGUCUGGGUCACCCCCGGACUCUUCCAGUCCUGCUACGAAGGCAGAACAUGCAGAAGCGGGACCCAACGCUACGCAGGCACCGUCCCGGUCGCCAAAACUCACCCGAGCGACGCUACUAUCUAUUCCUGCUGUUCCAAUUCUGGUUUUAGUUGCCGCGAUUUGGCUCGCGUACGUAAACCACGUCGCGCUUCCCGCCCCAGCCCCUUCGUCGGUUCUGCCGUCCGAGUUUUCCGAAGGCAGAGUGCGAUCCUUUCUGAAUGCGUUCACCUCGGGUGUACGUACACUCGGCAGCUGCAAUAACGAGCUGUUCGCUCCGCUGCUGAUGCUGCGGUACAUCAAAGAAGAAAUUCUGGGCUUCGGUUCUACGUCGGAUGAUGCCAAGAGCCACGAACGAGAGGCUUUUUCCACCGGGACGGCUCCGAAUCCUGAGGCCGGCAGAAAUUCCUCCACCUCUUCUGCCGUCAAACCUGUCGUCCUCCACGUUUUCCCGUAUUACCUUCAGGCCACAUACGGUCCUCCUGCGUCCUUUCCAGCCUUCUCCGCAAACAGGAAACCGCCGUCGCACGCAGAAGGUGCGCCUCCACGGGUGUAUCCGCCAGCGCUUGUCUCGUCCCUCACUCUUUGCUCCGUUACGCUCGAGGCGGCUGCGCCAGAGUCCUCCGACCGCGAAACGAUCUCAGCCGAACUGAUCGCGCGCCUGUCCGCUCUCGAGGUUCCGCUGUGCUCGUCCCAAGCGGAAUCCCGUCGCGUGUGCGAAGGCGCGAGCGGGUCGACCGAAUCGGACCAAAAAGUGCCGGGGGAACAUCGAAAUCGUAAUGGCGUGCCCGUCGCCACAGUUGACGCAGAGGCCCUGCAUCUGGAGGAUCGAGCGUCACCAGCUUCGCUCCGUGCGUUUGUUGAGACAGCCGUCGACGCGUACGACGAGGCAAUCCAGACGAGGCUGUCUGCGUUCUUCCAAAGUGAUUCGGCAACUCCUUCAGACCUUGAGAGAGUCCGAGGAGCUCUGUACCCGCCGUCGACGGUGCCUGGCCCUGUUUCCUUGCCUCCUGAUGGGUCCGCAGCCUCCUCCAGUGUAUGGUGGCCAGGUACGAUGCACCUCCGGCGCCGCUGCUUCAAAAUCAUGCGCUACCUGGUAGCGUCUGCUGAGGCAGCAAAUAUUCUGAGAGCAGGGAGACAGGAACCGAUGUACGAGGAGGCACUGAAGAGCCUCCUCGUCGUUGACGUCUCCUCCAGCUCCGCGUUCACGGGAGGGAAUUUCAACUGGAGAGACGGCCGACACGCGCUGUACUCGGGCCUGUACAACCUCGCACUCCGCAUUCAACCCUUGGGCGUCAUGGAAGCCGAAAGAAAUCGAGAGCAAAGUGCUCUCCUGCUCUCUGCCCACUCAGACAGCGCCAGUGGAUCUCCGGGCGGGAGCGACGACGCGGCAAUGGUCGCGACGAUCUUUGAAGUUGCCAGAAACGUGGUGUACAGCCACCUCGGGACUGCGGAGAAGACGCUCAAGCGGAGUGCGAGGCCGGAAAGGGCCACCGAAAAGACAGAGAAAGCAGAAGGAAGCGAACAGAAACUGUGGAAACUCGAGGCUCCCUUGCUUAUUGACAUCAAUGGGGCGGAGGAAAUCGGCCUGUUGGGGGCUCAUGGCUUUGCCACACUUCAUCCUUUUGCCCGUCAGAUCGCCUACGCUGUCAACUUGGAGUCUGCUGGUCGUGGCGGCAAAGAGACUCUUGUUCAGACAACUGGUCCUCACGGAACGCGCCUGGUCGCACACUACAAAUCCGUUUCCGUCUCUCCUCAUGCAUCCUCUCUCGCCAUGGAUGUCGGCGACAUGGGACUCUUCCCCGGCGAGACAGACAUGCGAGUGUGGCGAGAUGUGUUGCAUGUGAAGGGCGGCAUUGAGUUUGCGUGGACGACCGGCGGCUUCUUUUACCAUACGAAGUUCGACAACGUCCACCGCAUGCGGCCGGGGGCGAUUCAGCGCGUGGGAGAGCUUGUGCUGUCUCUCUCCCGCGUUUUGACGACUGACCUGGCAGCUGAGCGGGCGCGACAAGCAGCGUUGGAGAAGGCGCGGGGGCAGAAAGGCGACACACACAGAGGGAGAAAAGGGAGGAAAUCGUCGUCCGGCGCGCGAGGCGGAAGCGAAGACGAAGUCCCUGCUGUUCUGGGAAAACCGGACAGCUACACGAUGCCAGGCAACGCUCUCUCAGGCGGCAGCGUUUCGAGUGAGAAGACGCGGGAAAGCCGGGCAGGGACGCUUUGGGAAAAACUUCCGGAGACGUCCUGGCCGCGUUCCUCGUCGUUUUUCGCUGAUGUGUUGGGACGUUUUCUUUUCGUCUGUCCGCUGCGGUUCUUCGAGCUGCUUCUCCUCGCGGCUCUCGUUCUGCUGCGCAUGCAGAUCCGCCUCGAGGCCGACGUCCUCGGCCUUACGUUUUCCCUCCCACUUGUCCUGCUUGCCGUUGGCUCACUCCUUCUCUCCCUCGUUGCGCCCCUCGUCAUCACGGCGCUCGCCUCGCAGCUUCUCGCCUUUCUGUCUCUUCCGCUCCUCACCUUUUGGGAUUGGCGAGUCGGGACGCCUCUCUUCGGGGCCGUAGGCUUCGCCGCCUUCUUCCUCGCCUGGCACCAGUUGCUCUUUCACCGCCUGUUUAAGCGCUUCCCCGCAAGAAGGCAUCCUUUCAAAGCAGAGCAAGCAGCCCUCCAUGGAACGCUCGGUGUCUCUUUACUUCUUCUCGCCGUUCUGCGGUACACCGGCGCGAGGGCUGCCUUUGUGCCCCUUGUCUUCGUCCUGCUGAUCUCUGGUACUCGCUGUUCGGUUCUCGCUCUCAUGGGAAGCUCGAGGAGAUCGGUGACCGCGUCGCGUAGAGAGGAGGAGGCACCGCGGCGCUCGGAUGCCAGCGGAACGGAGAAGGCACAAACCGGAGGACGUUCGAAGAAACCACGUGAAACUGGCCCAGGAGAAAAAGCACUCAUUCUCUCGGUGGCGCACAGCGCGGUCCUCGUCCUUCCUACAGUUGCGAUUUCUCAGGUCAUUCUGGAUCUGGCGGAGACCAUCGCAGCUGUUCUCGGUCGCGUGCAUUCGGUGUGGGGCUUGGGAGACAGUUUCGGGUUCACUGUGACGGUUUUUCCACUCCUGUUUCUGUUUCCGCUGCUCGUUGCGCCGCCGCUUUUCUUCGCGCUACACCACGCCCACUCGAGAGAAGCCGUUUCUGUGCCUUCCUCUCGAGAGCUUGCAAAGCGCAGACGAUCCCGGCAAAGCGUGCUGUCCCUCUGGAUGGUGUUGGUCGCUGUCGGGGUCGCUUUGGCGGCUUUCGGCGUCGUGUUCUUGCACACAAACGCUCCUGAAGAGACGCUGCGCGAGGCGCUGCAAUACGCGCCGCCGGGUGUCCGUCCACCGGAGAGUCUCUCGCGAACGCCAUAUCGCAAUUUGUGGCAGAACGCUCGAGUUUACCUGGGCCAAGUUGUUUCGACGUUCCUUCCGGCAGGUGGCGAGGACCAGCUUUUCCCCUUCUCGAAGGAGACGCCGCUGCGUCUCGAAGUCCGCCUCUUCAGUCGCAAGCGCGUCCGCGGGUUCAACAGACAGAUGGAAGUGGCGAACUCCGAAAACAGCUCAGAAGAAGUCGGCAUUCUGCUACGAGGCGUCAGUCCAUCCGGGAACGUCUUGGACCCGACGAGCCGCGCCACGAGUCGCAUACUGGAGGCGGUGCACGGAGCUUUGUCUGCGGCUUUGGCCGUCGGAGAAGAAACGGGAGAGAAGGAAGGAGGAACGGGGGAAAAGGAUUUGUCGCUGGGGAUGGUGAAAGAAGUGAAAUUCGUGCACUUUGAAGGGAUGUCGCCAAAGGAGACGCAGCAGGUGAUGCUGCGCUUCCCGCAAAUUCCAGUGGCGCAGAACAAGGGCCACGCCAUUGCGAUGCUACUCUCUUCCGAGAAAGCGAAAGGCGACAAAGAGACUACGACUCUAGCCUCACCGCAGCUGCUUCUACCGCCUCAUGCUGGACAUUCCCAGACGUCAGGGAAAGGUCCAACUGUGUCGUCCCCGAUUUUCCUUCACCGAACGACAGCAUAUUUCUCAUCGCACUACGAUGCGUCCGCGGAUGUUACCCAAUGCCACAUUCGCAUCGGGGGAGCCUCUUUGUUUUCUUUGCUUUUGCCCGCGUCGCCGAUCGUUGGCUGGAGCUUGGACAAGACGAUGAACUUGGAGAGAAGCAAGAGUUGCGACUGUGUUGUGCUCACAGUUUUCGCGCCUCACCCGCCUGUCCUCGCAGAGUUUUCUCUCACCCUCAAAGGACGAUCCGGGCUGACGUUCAGUUCGACGUCUUCGCUCAUGGACCCUCUGGAGCCGAUUGCCCGCUGCCGAGAGUCUUCUCUGUUUGAGGUCACUGCUUCCCUUGGUGCGUUUUCGUCGUCGACAGUGCCCUGUGAGGAACACCGAAAGGCUUUCGCGACUGCGAGGAGACAUCGGAGAAAGGUGGGAAAAGGCAGCAGUGGCGGCGAGAAAAACGAAAGGCUGCCACACGUGCUUUUUUGGGAGGAACUGGAGAAUCGCCUCCCUGAGUAUGUUGCCGGAACGUACUAUGCCGCUGAACACAUCCAGUGGGAGGUGCCGCCGCCGCCUUUUGAGGGACGGUUCACCGGGGGUGGGCGUGAAUAGUCUUAACCAAACGAGAAAAGAUGGAUGUGUUUUCCCGUCGAAGCAAAGAAAAAAACGCCUGACCGUUCCUCCGGUUGUGCCGAAGACCAGGCUAUGUAUAUUUUCUUGUUAACAUUUACGCAUGAAGUUCACGUGUAGACAGGUAGGUCGGCUGUGCGUGUAGACUGGGUCGUCUGGUACGCGUAUGCUAAACCGGCUUCAACGCACCGUUGCGAGUGUACUUGCUUUCACGCAUGUUUGUGUGUCCGUACGCGUAUUGACUUUGAUUUCAAACACAUGUAGUAGGGAGAGAGAUGAUUGGCGGCUAGACAUGUGUUGCUGGUAUGUCGCGCCGUAAACGUGGCGGUGUGUCUGUGCAUGCCUGGCCACCCUGCGCAAGAUCCCACUCCCAUUCUGUUCAAUCGGCUCGUUUGUGUACCGGACAGAAGGUGGGGAGCGGAUCACGCGUGGUGGGCAAUCGUCUGCAAGACGAAUGUCGUGUUUUCCUCGCCGUGAACUACAAACUCUUCUGUAAUCCCUGGA